AUGGCUGAGCAGAACCUCACAGCACCGCCUGUCUUCAUCCUGCUGGGGCUCACUAGGCUGCCGGAGCUGCAGCUCCCCCUCUUUGGUGUCUUCCUCUACAUCUACGGAGUCACCGUGGUGGGCAACCUGGGCAUGAUCCUUCUGACCAAGCUGGACUCCCGUCUGCACACACCGAUGUAUUUUUUCAUCAGACAUCUGGCUUUCAUUGAUCUCGGCAACUCCACGGUCAUUUGCCCCAAGAUGCUGGUCAGCUUCGUUGUGGCCCAGAACACCAUUUCCUAUCAUGCUUGUGCCACGCAGUUGGGCUUCUUCCUCACGUUCAUCAUCAGUGAGUUUUUCAUCCUGUCAGCCAUGGCCUACGACCGCUACGUGGCCAUCUGUCACCCUCUGCUCUACAAUGCCAUCAUGUCGCAGACACGCUGCCGAGUGCUGGUGGGCACCCCAUACCUCUACAGCGCCUCUCUGUCUCUGCUGUUCACCACCAAGAUCUUCACACUGGAGUUCUGUGGCCCUAACAUCAUCAGUCAUUUCUACUGUGAUGAUGUCCCUUUGUUACCCAUGCUCUGCUCCAAUCCACAGGAAAUACAAUUGCUGAUCAUAUUCUUUUCCACAUUCAACUUGAUCUCCUCCCUCCUGGUCGUCCUUUUAUCCUACGUGCUGGUUCUCUUAGCCAUGUGUCGGAUGCACUCGGCCGAGGGCAGGAGGAAAGCCUUCUCCACGUGUGGCUCCCACCUGACGGUCGUGGUGGUCUUCUACGGGUCGCUUCUCUUCAUGUACUUGCAGCCUGAGUCUGCACACUCGUUUGAGACUGACAAAAUUGCCUCUGUGUUUUACACUUUAGUGAUCCCCAUGCUGAACCCUUUGAUCUACAGCUUUAGGAACCAAGAGGUGAAAAAUGCCUUCCACAGGGUCUUCAAGAAGCACUGCAAGCUUUUUAAUUAA